GAAUUUUCAUACAAGUAUAACUUUAACCAAUAUCCUUGAGGCUGAAAAAGUAGUGUUGUUGGAUUACAGGAGGCUUCUACCAAGUAAUAAUUAUAUUUUAUAUAUUUUUAUGUCCUAAUUUCUAAAAUUCUGCCCUGCUAUUUGUGUUAGAGAUGAAGCACUUGAUAGUAACAAGCAGCAGAUCAAGAGCCUAGAGAUGAAGCUUAAUUCUGCUAAUACGUGUCAUCAGUUAGAGAAAGAAUCAUGGGGAAUGGACCUUAAAAUUUUGGAAGAAGUGUGGCAACGUAGUAUAUCCUUGCUUUGCAAGUUAUUUUGUUCAUUUUGUCCCCCUUUCCAUUCCAGCAGAAAAUGUUCAUUGAGCUUUGAGUUAGGUUAUUCUUGGAAUUAUGAUGUGUCGGUCAGAUGUGAAUCACUGAAAGCUCAAAAUGAAGCAUCCUCUAGAGAAGAUGCACAAAAAGAAAUGGAGGAGCUAAAACUGCGGUAUAAACAACUAAAGAAAGAGCAUGCUUCAUUCUGUGAUCUCGCUGACAGAAUGAUGGAGGAGAAGGACAAAGAAAUUUCUAAACUUCUAGAGGAGAACAAGAAUCUUCAACGAUCUCUGGAACUGAGACCCCCAGUUUGUUUCCUUGCAUUCGUCUUUUACAUAUAACUUGCUGUUUAAAGAGGUUUUCCAUUUUAUCAUUCUUUGCUGACAAUGCAAUAAAUGUUUCAGACUGAUCAGAGAGAUCAGCUCUGCAGAGAAAAGAUGCUCCAAAUAGCACCUCUGCAGCAGAACAGCAGAUUCUGACAGCAGGCUCAGAGGGAGGAAGAGCUGGCCCAAUCACAGCGACAUAUUUUAGCACUUCAAGAGGAAAUUGAAGACCGUGAGCAUGAAAACCGUCUGCGCACUCAGCAGGUAUGAAGUCUGGAGUAACAUUAUUCUCAUUAUCUACAUACUGGACCUGGAUCACUCCUUGUGGAGCUGUCAUGGAAAGGGUAUUUGUCAAUUAUUUUAUGGAACUCUUUCACUUUUCUCAAGAUUUUCAUUUUCAUAGUUGUAUUGUGAGGGGAAGCUUUAAAUAUUCUUUUGUUAAAUGAGAUGACCUCUCACAGCUACUCCCCAGCUUCAACCAUCUUGCCUGCGUGCCUACAAUUGGCAAUUUGGCACCAUCACACUGUAGCAUUCUUUUUGUAUCACUAAAUCCAUCAAUUCUUUGAUUAUCAAUAUUGUAAAGAACAUAGGAGAUUCAAUGGUAUGCACUCAAGUAUCAGUAAAUCAAGGAGAUGAAAAUUU